CUUGAGCUCUUUCCCAAUGGCGGAAGACAAGCGCGAAUACAAGCUGCGUUGCCAGCUGAUCGGACACGAGGACGAUGUGCGCGGCUUGUGCAUCGUCGGUGAAUCGACUAUCGCUACGGCGUCGAGGGACGGCACAGUGCGCGUGUGGAACGAGAAGGAUCAGCGCUUCGAUCUGGCGACGACUCUGAGAGGCCAUUCCAGCUUCGUCGGCUGCGUUGCGUGGAUUCCACCCUCGGACGAGAUGCCGGCCGGCGGACUCGUCUCCGGUGGGAUGGACACGAAUGUGAUCGUCUGGAAAAUGGAUUCCACAGAGCCAGUCUCUGUGUUGCGAGGCCACGACUUACAGGUGACCAGUGUGGUGAUUGGCAAUGGGGGAGAGAUUUUUUCUACUUCUGUGGACAGCACUGUGAGAAGAUGGAAGAAAGGGGGUGCCUCAGAAGUUCUCAAAGGUCAUAGAGCACCAGUCCAGGCUGCUGUCAUUCUUCCAGAAGACGUCCUUGUGACAGGAUCGACCGAUACAACUAUCAAGUAUUGGAAAGGCUCUAUGUUCACGAAGUCUCUGGAUGCUCAUACUGAUACCGUCAGAGGGCUGGCACUAAUGCCGAACCUGGGAUUUCUUUCAGCCUCUCACGAUUGCACUGUCAAGCUUUGGUCAUACGCUGGAGAACAGCUUCUCGAAAUGGUUGGUCACACGGCUAUUGUGUAUAGCGUCGCGGGUCAUUUAUCAGGCGAUGUGGCCUCUGGCAGUGAUGAUGGAUAUUGCAAAAUUUGGAGAGGUGGCGUUUGCAUUCAGAGCCUGGAACAUCCUGGAUGUGUUUGGGAUUUGCAAUUUUUACCCAAUGGUGAUCUCGUGACUGCUUGUUCUGACGGGGUUGCGAGAGUAUGGACGGUAGAUUCCAGUCGUUAUGCAUCAUCAGAAGAAGUUGCAGCCUUUGAAGCCUCAGUUUCUGCUCGAAAAUUGCAAAAGAAGACGGUCGGAGGUGUCAAAGUUUCGGAAUUGCCCGGCCUGGAAGCACUUCAAACCCCAGGACGUUCCGACGGCCAAAGCAAAAUCGUCCGUGAAGGGGAUACCGCUGUUGCGUAUUCGUGGAACAUGAAAGAAUAUAACUGGGACAAGGUGGGAGAAGUUGUUGAAGGUCCAGAAGAUGCACUCGGUGCAAAGACACUAAACGGCGUUACGUAUGACUACGUUUUUGAUGUUAAUAUUGAGGACGGGGAGCCGACUCGCAAGCUACCAUACAAUAGAGGAGACAAUCCAUAUGAUACGGCAGAUAGAUGGCUUUUGAAUGAAAACCUUCCCAUGGGAUACCGACAACAAAUCGUUGAUUUUAUCUUGAGAAACACAGGACAGCAAGCAAACAGUUUCAUGCAAUUAGAUGACUGCUUUUACGAUCCUUACACUGGAGGAAAUGCUUAUGUGCCACGGCAAACAUCACGCCCUGCUUCUAAGACAGCGUCAACUUACAAUCUGAAGCACAUUCCAAAGACGGGAAUAACACUUUUUGAUACGAGAACGCAAACCGAUGGAAUUUUUAAAAAACUUACGGAAUUCAACACUGGUUCUGUGGCUCUGUCGUUAGAAGAAAUGGAAAGAAUACAGGGAAUGUUACAAGCUUUAAAAAGCACCUCGCAUCAGUCCGUAUUUGCCGAUGCAGACUUCGAGAUUUUGACCAGGAAGCUAUUUACGUGGCCAGUUGCAAAUCUUUUCCCAGUGCUGGACUUUCUAAGGAUACUUGUCCUUGACCCGCAAGCUGCAAAUUAUUUCUCUCGGCAAAAAGAUGUUCUUUUAAAUCUGGUGAAGUCUGCCAUUCAGUCUCCGGCUCCAAAUGCAAACGUCUUUCUCAGUGCUCGGGCUAUGGUAAAUUGCUUUCGACACGAGUGCUUCCAGAAUUGGCUCCUCGAUUCCAGAAGUGAAAUUAUUGACAUAUUCUCGCAGUUUAGUACGUCACCUGUCAAGAACAUCCGCAGUGGAUACGCGCAUCUACUGUUGAACUAUGCCGUUCGAGUAAUUGGUGCAAACGACGAAAACGCUCAGCUUCAGGUUCUUUCUGCCGCAAUGGAGAUGACUGGGCCGCAAGAAGAUGACGAUAUUAACUUCCUCGCGCUUCAAACAAUAGGAUCCCUUGUGCACAGUGGUCUUGUGAAGUCCGUGGCCAAGGACCUGGACAUCCAGAGUGUUGCUGGCACCGCUAAGAAGUCGAAAGUCUCUAGAAUAGCAGAGAUUGGAGCGGACCUUGAUUACGUUCUAAAAUGAAGUACAAGGCGGCGGAUUUUUCUUUUUGUAGUAAGAGGCCAGUUAUGCAAGGUAUGAGCCUCGUCCGUUUUCCUUCCCUUCAAUGGACUCCCGGCACUUGAAGCA